AUGGCAGAAACAACAAAAAGGUAUGCAGUUGUUACAGGAGCAAACAAAGGAAUAGGAUUUGCAGUAUGCAAACAAUUGGCUUCUAAAGGGAUCACUGUUGUGCUUACAGCAAGAGAUGAAAAUAGAGGUCUUGAAGCUGUUGACAAAUUGAAACAGCUUUCUCUUUCUGGCCUUAUUGUUUUUCAUCAACUUGAUGUCACAGAUCCUGCAAGUAUAACAUCAUUUGCAGAUUUUAUCCAGAAUCAAUUUGGAAAACUUGAUAUUUUGGUAAACAAUGCUGGAAUUCCCGGAGUUCAUAUGAACACUGAGGCUCUGGCUGCUUUUAAUAUUGUGGAAAAUGGUGGCCAAAUUGAUUGGAGUAAAAUAAUAACUGAGAGCUAUGAACAAACUGAAGUAGGUAUUAAAACAAACUACUAUGGAGCCAAGGAAUUAACCGAAACACUUAUUCCUCUUCUCCGGCUUUCAAGUUCACCAACAAUUGUCAAUGUUUCCUCAUUCAUGGGAAGUUUAGAGAAUAUUCCGAAAGGAUGGCCUAAGGAAGUACUAAGUGAUGUUGAAAACCUUAAUGAAGAAAAGAUUGAUGAAAUUUUGAGCCAGUUUCUAAAGGAUUUUAAAGAGGGUUCAAUAGUAGAAAACAAAGGUUGGCCUAUAAAUAUGUCUACAUACGUUAUCUCGAAAGCUGCUCUAAGUGCCUACACAAGAGUUCUGGCUAGAAAAUAUUCAUCAAUAUGCAUCAAUGCUGUUUGUCCUGGCUUUGUGAAAACAGAUAUAAACUACAAUACAGGUUAUUUGACACCUGAUGAAGGUGCUGAAUCGAUUGUGAGGUUGGCAUUGUUCCCUGAUGGGAGUCCUUCUGGCUGCUUUUUUGUUAGAAAUGAAGAGAAACCAUUUUGA